AUGGCUGAACAACCGAACGCGGACAUUUGUCCAAUACCGCUACCUCCUCGAACAGCUCCUCCGGGUGUCAUCACCCGUGUACCAGCGGCCAUCACUUCACCAUUGUCCAUCGAUAAAUAUGCUACAAAUGCAGCAGCACAUUUUGCCCGAAAGCUUCAGAUUGUACUGGUAAUGGAUUUGAAGGUUGCAAAAAAUAUGAAAAUACGCGAAAUGGCUUGCAAUGAUGUUCAGAAGGUUGCGGAUUCAUUAAACGUUAAUUUAACGCACUUAGAUUUUGAUCGUCUUGAUUUUGGCGAAACAAAUGCUCUUGAUGUUUUUUACAACGCUGAUGUUGCAUUAGUUGAUGUUUCCAUUGCGCAACAACAACCGAGUCUUUGUUAUCAUAUUGGAGUACGUGAAUCCAUGGGCCAAUCGUACAAUAUCAUCCUAACGGAAGAAACUUCUGAAUCACUUGUUAAAGCUCUUAAG